UGUCGGUGUUUUAAGUCAUUGCCGACGGUAACGAUAGAACAGGCUAGACACGGAGGACAAAAGCGGUUAGCUGGCGAUGACACCCUUCCAGGUGUAGGAGUUCGUUAGUUUUCAAGAACUAAAGAAUAAUCCGCGAUGGAUUAUGCGACUAUAAUCGACCAAGCCGUAAAACAAUUUUACGCGGAAGCGAACAACGAGGUGCACCAAUGGUUGCUCAAAGUCCAGACCUCUCCGGAGGCCUGGACCUUCGUCUGGGACCUCCUCGACUCCUCAAAGUCCAGAGAAGUACAAUUUUAUGCUGCUACGACGUUGCACACGAAGAUCUUGAAACAGUUCAACGAGGUACCCAGGAGCGAGUUUCCAGCACUGCAGGAACGUUUGAUAAACUGCAUGAAGCAGCCGAACAUGCCAAAGAUCGUGCUCUCUAAACUAUGUCAAGCGUUAGCCGGAUUCUUCGCCAACGUCAGCACAGUUGCCGAGAACCAGGACAAGAAUAACAAUGUUGUAGACGAAUUAAUAAGGAUGUUGACUUACGAUUCUAUACCUAUGUUGGAAUUGUUGCUACGCACUCUUUCCAUGUUACCAGUAGAGUACGAAAGAAGACACAAGGCUGCUAAGCUUAACGAAUGUUUGGUGAACGAGUGGUGCAGGACGAUCUGGCUUUUAGAUCAAGUGUUCUGUAUGUGCAGUCCCGGUAGUUCUCAGGACAGUGAAAGCGAUUUGCACUUGUUGAGUAUAGAGUGUGCGUUGUCCUGGUUGAAACUCAGUCAGCUCCCGCUCGAGCCCGCCGCCCAGAUAUAUGGACAUUUGUUGACGGCCGCGGCGUACUACGCUCCGAGCAGGGAACCGGAAGAGAGGGAUAACGCGAAGGGUUGGGAGGUGGUGCAGGAAUGUUUAACCCUGCUUGUGACCCAUUGCGAGCUUGGAAAAAGGCCGCAAACGUUGUGGGUAUGGGCACGGAGUUUGGUAACCAUGGCAAGGCAGUACAGUGGAAAAUAUUUUUGCGAGAUACUGUCGGCGAUCGGAGAAGUUCACAGUAGAAUAUUUCUAUAUGCUUUAGUGAAUGAGGGAAACGAAGAACAGAAAUGGACUGUCGAAGGUUUAAUCGAGUUACUUUUACAAUGUUCCGAGCAAAAAGGACGGUACCCGACGGACGAGACGCGCAGCUCGAUCCCGUUCGGAUUCUGGUUUGCCCUGCAGGACGACGUGUCCACUCUCGAUCAGCCGUACGAGAAUCUCGCUAUCGUAGCGUUGAGACCGAUUUACGCGCGACUGUCUCAAGCGCUGCUGAGAAAAUCCACGCUUCCGUCGACGGCUGAGGAGGCAGGAGACGCGGACGAACGGGAACUGUUCAGGUGUUACAGACAGGAUGUGGCCGACACUUUGGACUACUGUUUCAAAGUGCUGGGACAAGACCUACUGGUGCUUCUCGGACAUCGGUUGAGUCAGGCGUUGACCAGCACGGACAGAUGGACGGAAAUAGAAUCGACGCUGCACGCCUUCGAAGCUCUGGCAGACAGCGUCGGUACCGAGGAAUCGCAUUACAUUCCCGCGCUGAUGAAUUUGAUCGUCACCCAUAUACCCUACGAACGCUAUCCCCCAAAGGUAUUAGCGUGCGCGUGCUCGACGAUAGGCGCGUACGCCGAAUGGAUAGGCGAACAUCCCGAACCUUGGCUCGAGAAAGUGCUGCGAAUCGUGACCAUAGGCUUAGCGGGAGGCAUGCCAACCGCGCCGUUUGCGACGAUAGCUUUGAAGGAUCUGGCUCGAGAAGGCAAGCAACAAUUCGCGCCGUUCGCCCCCUCAGUCCUCAAUACUAUUGAACAAGUUCUUCCGAGCGUUGCCCCCGGCUGCGCGGAGGGUCUGCGUUUAAUGUAUGCGGCUGGCACGUUGCUGAAUAUGUUGCCUACCACCGACCAGAAACUGGCUCAUCUGGACGCUACGCUAGGUCUGUGCAUAAUCAAAAUUCGCGAACUUCUGAACCAACCGUGGUUCGUAGCACGCGACGCGGUCACCAGUCAGUUGAAGAUGGCGACCAUGUUCCUCUCCAUGUUGGAGGGAUCCAUCGGAAAGGCUGUGCUGGACGCUCUGUUACCGAUAUUCAGGCAGAUCAUCGUCCACCCCGAAUGGGGCCAAGACAACAACACGCUGGGAGAGAUGUACACUUGCGCGCAGAAGUCACUCUGGUCAUUGCUUCAUCCGGAAGAAGACGCUCGAGCUCUGCUCUCGAUCUUGUCGACCUCGUACAAGACUUGGCCCCAUCCCGCUGCCUUGGACCUCCUUCGGCAACUGGUGUUGCUGUUCGGCCGCGAUCCGAACAACGUGAUCGGCCCGGUUUUCGCUGACAUAAGCUCGAUCACGUUGAGCGGAGUCAGGGCCUGCAGGUCGGUCCACGGGAGUCUGUCCGAAUGGGCGGACCUAAUGUACGCGUAUCUUGGACUGUUGGCUCAGGUCUGUAAGAAGAACACCAGGCUGCUGUUGCAAAUACCCGAUCAAAUUCCCGAGAUGUUGCAAUGCGCCAUCGAGUGUCUCACGUUGCCGGAAACGGCGACGGUGAAGUCCGCCGGGAAUUUCCUCACUCACGCUAUCAUGCAAACCCCGCACAUGCAGACGUUCAUACUGCCGAUCAGCGAGCAAUUGGUUUCUGUCGUUGUACAGUGCAUAGGCGGCGAGGUACAGCGGACAAAUUUGGAACCGCACGCGGAAGUUCUGUUGGCGUUGAACAAAACUUGUUUGGAAGCCCGAUGGCUUCGUACUGCUUUCGAGAAACACGGGGCCUUAUUCAAUGUCUCGCAAGCGCAGAAGGAAGCCUUCGUUAGGAACGUGUUACGCGAACGAACGAACAAACGAAUGUUCGAAUUGUUGCAAGACUUCAGUCUACAGAAUCUGGCGGCGGCAAGUAAUUGGAAUGCACGUAAGCAAUGAAACGGGAAAAGGUAACUGUCGUGUACGGUAUCGUACCGAAUCAACGCUGCUCUGUUCAGAGUGAAAUACCUUUUUCCAUGUUCGACGGUCAAGGUAACGAUCAUCCUUUAUGUAACGAAUAAUUUUUGAAUAAAGACUGUAACAUGUACAUGAA